AUGCCUGGUUUUGCUGAGUAUUUUGUUCCACAUGAAGAAUCUCUUGUCGCUGACGAGUUAUUUGGAGAAAAACCAUGGUUGCAUUUGAAGUUGGAACUUAUACUUCUCUACGGUUCUCUUUCAAGACCACCGGAGAGUUGUUCCAGUUUAGUACCAAGCUGCACCUUCACUGAUCUGGUAUGUAUGUGGUUUCAGACCUCCUUGUCUAAGAAUAUAGCUUCUGGAUCUCUGGAAUUUAGAGAAUAUAUUGUUGGUGAUGAUGCAUUUUGGCACAAUUUGGAAGCUAGAUACGUACAUAGAGAGGGGGAGCUUUGGCUAGAAAAAUUUAGGCAGAAUCCUGCUUGUGAUAUUGUUGAUAUAAUCUGCUUAGAUCUCGCUGAAGCUAUAAUUGAUUUUCCUGCAUUCUUCCAUGUUAUUGUUGCCAUGCUCUUGAUGAGUUUUGGAGGAUUGCGAGUGAUAGCUCCUCAUAUAGAUGGUUUAUAUAUCAAAGAUACGGCUGCAAAGAUUUUGCAAUCUGUUUUGAAGUUACUUGAUCAAGUCAACCAUGCUCUUGUCAUUGGAUUUAAAAGAAUGGACAAGUUGUCUCCAUUGCUUAUAGUUGAUGGAAAAUGGCUAGAUUUCUGGAUCGAUGACUUCAAAGAAGGUGCUUCCAUUUGUGUCUCCAAGGAGCUGAUUUCGAUUACUAACACAUGGAGCCUUCAUGGAUUUUUCUUAAUCACAAUAAGGCUUAAUGAUAAUGGCGAUGAAGAUUCUGCUAGACAAUGGAUUUGGUUUAGUAUUCGUUGCAAAGUCUUUCUAGAAAAGAAGAGCCGUAAUUUUGGUUUUAUUGAGUUUCUGUAUGGUUAUUCACCAAGACCACCAGAAGCUUAUUUCAUUGUUUGGUCUACACAGAGGACGUUUUAUGUGGCACAAGCGUGUUACUCUUCUCCAAUUUUAUGCUUCUCCAAUUUCCAUACUGUUCGUACCUUCAUUGAAAAGGACAAAGAGGUUACAAGCACAUGGAAACUUCAUUGCCUUCCUCAACACUCAUCAAAGACACUCCCUGCAAUACAUCCUUCAAGUUCUUCAAGUCCAUGA